AGUUGGUUUUCACUUGUUAAAACGAAAAGGUUGUCAAGCUAACAAAAAUAUCACCCUCAGUAUGAGCGCCUCACAAUGUUCGAGCCGAGGAACUAAUCUACUGAAGUCCGGCCUCUUCUCAGAUAUAUCAAUCCAUGUCGAUAGCUUCGUUUUUAAAUGCCACAAGAUCAUCUUAGCCUGUUUCUCGGAGUUUUUUGAGAUAUUAUUUUAAAAAGAGGGGCUACAAACGGGAAUUGUAACCUUAGAGGGCACAACGCCGGAAGUUUUUGAAAUAUUUCUGGAUUUUAUAUAUGCACCCGACAAUGAGCGAUUGGAAUAUACGGAUCCGGAAGUAUUGAUGUCACUUUUGAAGUGUGCAAAUAUGUGGCUAGCCAUCGAAGUUGAGGACAGAUGCACCAAAAUCCUUUUUAACUUAAGCGACGAUAUGGAAAUAGAUUUAUUAAUUAAACUUUAUGGAGUAUCGUACCAAAUAGAUCACAAACCAUUAAUGAAGAGUACCAUGCAGAUUCUGAAAACAGUUUGGCGCGACGAAAUGGACUCUCCGUCCACAGAUACAAUGGAGAUCGACUGUUUUGUGAACUAUUUUAAAAACACGGAAAAUAUGAUUUCUACACAUAGACGUUUUAUAAUGAUCGAAAAUUGGAUAAAGAGGAAUGUUUUCGAAGGUGAAUCCUCAUCAAAAAUGGAUCAAAUUAACGAAAUUGUUAAAAGCAUUGACUUUGAGGCAAUGUCUUUGGACGAAUUUUAUAACGGUCCUGGAAAGUCAAGUGUUUUGUCUGAUUCAGACAAGUUUAAAAUAUUGUAUAAAAUGGCCCGUUCAAGUUGUAAAUGGACUUUCAUAGUAGGUGAGACAAAGCAGGACAAGUAUUCGCUGCUUAAUUUUCUUCCUUAUCAAGAAAGGGAUUAAAUC